AUGAGGAAACGAGCUCGCAGACAAGACCCCGUCUCAUGUCAAACAUGCCGCGCGAAGAAGCUCAAAUGUAAUCGACAGCAACCAUGCUCCAACUGUAUUGCACGACGUAUCGAGUGUGUGUAUGCCAUCAUCAGCGCGGUGCAGAUGCCCCCUCCCCUUCAUCCUACUCCUAGUAUUACUUUUAGUGGUCCUCCUGGUCCUCCUGGUUCUCCUCCUCGUUAUCAUCACCAUUACGAGCAUCAGCCUGUGUUUGCACCCUCUCCACAGAUAGAAAGACCCUUCAGCAUAUCCAAAAGCAGUGAACCGGUCAAAACAGAGCACAGGCUUCGCGAAUCCAGUGAGCAUGAGCAGACAGCCGACUUUCUCGAGACCAUCGUGAUGGGCUCACGCAUCCCCGGCGUGCUGCCAAUGCCAUUAAAAGACAGGCUAAUGCCCAAGUCUGCCUCUUUGCCCACACCAUUGACUGCGUUCUUGCCACGAGAAUCAGAAGCCAUGGCAAUGUUGAAUCACUAUAUCGACUGCAUGGACUUUGUCUACCACGUCAUCAUUCCCAACCAAACCGUGUCCCAGUUCAACGGCAUCUACCAGAGCGUCCACAAUCAAUCCACUGUGAAUCUAAAUCACCUCGCUCUACUUUUCAGCAUCGUUGCAGCCUCGCACUACUUUCGAGGAGUCGAGUCUACGCAGCCAUCCAAGGAGGCUGAGACGCGGAGCCGCGAGUAUUCUGCGUUAGUUGGCGCGGCCUUGACGCAGGGAAACUACAUGACGUAUCCGACGAUUGAAGGACUGCAGGCCACCAUUAUAAUCAGCCACUGCGUUUCAAAUAUCGGACAGGACCCGUCAAUUCGUGGUUAUUUUAUUAAUGCGACGAUCAUCAACCAGGCCAUGCAAAUGGGGCUCCAUCGGACUGACACCAUUCGGAAUAAAGAAUAUAGAAAAAGGAAUGGAUAUGAUCCAGUGGAAGUGGAGCUGAAGCGCAGGUUGUGGUGGCAGCUGACUUCUUACGACUGGCUGCUGGGUUUCUUGAGCGGUCCUCAAGAAUCCACUUACUUUAUCCACCCAGCUCACAUGUCUGUGAAUUUACCAGCAAAUAUUCGAGACGAGGACAUUGGGCAAGUAGAAGACGGGGCCGCUUUCCCAGAGAACACACCUACCAAGAAGAUGUCUUAUGCCCUCGAACGCAUCAAAUUAUCUAUAGUAUGCCGAGAAAUCGUCGACGAAACCGGCCAUGAGCAUUCCGAAGGGACGGAAAUAGAGUAUUCCAAGAUUAUGGAGCUUGACCGAAAACUCGACCAAGUCUACAAACAGAUACCUGAUUUCUUCCGCCUAGACAGUGGCAAUCGCCGCAAAUAUGCACAACUGUACAAAGAUUGUCCGCAAGUAUCCUGGCAGCGACUGCUCCUUCAGCAGGCAUUCAAUGUUCGGAUCUGUCGGUUGCAUCGGUAUUAUUUCAUCCGUGGCGCGCGCGAUGCGGCCUUCUCAUACUCGCAUGUGCGGUGUCUACAAUCUGCAAGGCGCGUUAUUGAGGUCAAGCGGAUUAUGGAUAUCGAGAUUGAGUCUAUGCCGGCGAGUUCUCUAGUCUGGUUUGUUAUGCAUCACGUCUUCAUGUCAGCCGUGUUUCUCAUGAUGGACAUGUGUUUUAAUUGGGACGAUAUCCUGGCCGACAAACGACGAGAGGAGGUAAUGGAUGCGUGCCGAAUGCUCGACAAGGCGCAGCAAAACUCUGGCAUUGUGCGCGAGGGCAUCAAUGCGAUGAUGGAUGUUUUGCAGCGCUACUGGAGGCCAUCCAGUACAGAGUUCGAGGCUCGUGCUGAGGGAGCUGAGACUGCAUUUCAACCUGAAUUCCAGUCUCCUGCAGACCCGUUGCAGAUUACCGAAAGUGACAAUUAUUGUCUGGAAAAUACGUGGUCCGAGUUGCUAGACAGCUGUGCCCCAAUGGCAACCAAUGCCGAUGAUUGGAUGGGGCUGUUUACUGACCUGAGUGAUGCUGCUGCUCUGGUGGAUUAA